AUAAAUAUUCUUGAAUCUAUCUUUUUGCAUUUUUAUAAAUAUAUUUGUAGGAUACAUUCAAAGCAAGGGAAUUAUUGGUAAAAAAAGUGUGUCCAUUUUUAACAUCACUAAAUAUUGCCAAUUGUCCUCCAAAAUGACUGCCCUAAUUUAUACUUUCAUCAACAGUGUAUAAGAAUGUCAUGUUUCUCCAUACCCUUGUCAACACUGAAUAUAACAAAAAUUUUAGUUUAUAAAUAUAAUCAGUAAAAAUAGUAUCUAAUAUUAAUUGUCUAUUGCUGCUGUAUUUAAGGUUCACUUGAGCAAAUGCCUACUGAGCACUUACUCUGUGUUAUUGAAAUGGCAAAUGGCAAUCAAAAAUUGUACUUGUCCUUAAGGAGCCAUGGAAGUGAAUAAGAAGCCUCUUUUUAGAAGAAAUUCAAAAGUUGCAAAGAUAGAAAAGUGGGUCUUUUGCACCCUACCAACAGGAAAUAGUUGUCUAAUAAAGAUAGUGUCCACCCAUGUCAACUUUCAGUUCUAUUGCUGGCCUAAAUUGGCAACUCUCUGCUUCUACAACAGUGGCCUCGCUUUCAUUUCGGAAGAUAGUUGACUGCAGGUAGGAGUAGAAAUGCCUAUCUAGUAGCUUUUGUUUUUCUCCAAGACCUGACUCAAUUAUCUCACUGGCUGCUUUUAAGAGAAAGCACCCACUGUUGGCUUCUGUUCUGAAAGGGCACCAGGCAAGCAUGGAAUCCUAUCAGCAGAGAAAGCCAAAAGCUCAAUAAACUGUUUAUUCAUUGUUCAAGCUUCUUCACCUGUAUGGAUUAUUAGAAGAAGCAUUUCAUCUUAGGGUACCCAGAUUAGAUUAUAGACACUUCAAGUAUUUCUUUAGAAUUCACUGAGGGGAAAAAAUAGGGAAAACAGCAUCAGUCAUUUGAGACCAUGUUGGUUCCUGAUGCUAAAAUAAUCUAUAUGAAUAAACUAUAUUCUGUAAAUUGAAAUAUCUGGUUUCCAGCCUGUUAAAUAAAAACAGGAGGAUCUGAAGUACAUGGCAAAAUGGGAUAAGCUUGGUUUUCUGAGUGGAAGCAGCUAUUAAUUUUACUUUCUUAUAGCUGAAGGUGAAGGAGAUUUGAGGUUCUCUGAGAAUUAAAAUUCCCCUGGAGUUAGCCCAGGGUGGGACUCUCAGAGCUGUCUACUCUCAUGCCAUUGCCUCUAGCCUGUGGACAUUUUUUCCACCUUGGGGCAAGAGGCAGCUCCAGUUUGCCCAAUUGCUGUAUGUGUUCCAGGCCAGUGUCCAAUGAGGCUGACUUGCCAGCUGCCUUUCCCACAGCCAGCCAGCCAGUCCCGAGUGUGUUUUGAAAGAUAAUCCACAAAAAGCCAACCCUUUUAGAGAGGCUGGAAUAGGCUAGUAGUUGCUAGGCAAGUUAAAGUAAUUCAGUGUCCUUGCCAAACGUCUGCCAUGCAAAUAGGGAACUUUCAGGGAAGGAGAGUGAGAUGGUGGUGUGUGUUGGUUGCCAUAGGAAUGUUUCCCUGAUUGGUACAAGACCACAGAGUGGGGAGAGCAAGACGGCAGCAUCUACAGUGCUUUCUGCUUGGGAAUGGGAACCCAGAGUGGGCAGUGGAACGGAGGCAAGCCAUGCAGAGGCAGGAGCAGAUGAGACCCUAGAUGUGAAGCUAAAAACGGGGGAAACAGAAAGAGCAGAUUGACUCAGGAAAAUUAUAUGGGGAGCUCUUAUGCUACUCUGAAGAUCUGAGACUUGGAGAAUUUACAAUCCUGAAUUAACUCAGGGAAAAUUCCAGCUAGACUCUGAAAUGAAUUAGAUGGAGAUUUAAAAUAGGGCAAUUUAGUGGGAAAAGAUACUUAAUUUGAAGAUUUCUAGAGUGGCUGGGCUGAGAAACUUUACUCCCUGUUCACCUAGGCAGAAUCAUGAAUAAACUGGAGGAUAAGCAGGACCAGAUGAUACCAUGAAGAGAAGUUUACAGGCCCUCUAUUGCCAACUGUUAAGUUUCCUGCUGAUCUUGGCACUGACCGAAGCGCUGGCAUUUGCCAUCCAGGAACCAUCUCCCAGGGAAUCUCUUCAGGUCCUCCCUUCAGGCAGUCCCCCAGGAACCAUGGAGACAGCACCCCACAGCUCUACCAGACACACUUCUGUGGUGACAGUGACCCCCAAUCCCAAUGGACCCCCCUCACAGGCUUCAGCUUCCACGGCAACACCGACACCCCAUGCGGAGGGGCACCCUCCUACGCACACCAUCUCUACCAUCGCUGCGACAGUAACCACCCCCCAUUCUAAAAGCUCCCUACCCACAGAGCCCACUCCAGUGGCCAUGGCAACCACAUCCUCCCACCCAGAGGGCCGCCCCCCAGGUCGGGCUGCUCCCACCAUCCUGCUGACAAAGCCACCGGGGGCCACCAGCCGCCCCACCACAGCGCCCCCCCGCGCUACCACACGCAGGCCCCCCAGGCCCCCAGGCUCCUCCCGAAAAGGGGCUGGUAAUUCAUCACGCCCUGUCCCACAUGCACCUGGUGGCCACUCCAGGAGUAAGGAAGGACAGCGGGGACGAAACCCAAGUUCCACACCUCUAGGGCAGAAGCAGCCCCUGGGGAAAAUCUUCCAGAUCUACAAAGGCAACUUCACUGGGUCUGUGGAGCUGGACCCCUCUGCCCUCACCCCCAGGACCCCGCUCUGGGGCUACUCCUCUUCGCCACAGCCCCAGACAGUGGCUGUCACCACAGCACCCAGCAAUACCCUGUGGGCACCUCCCACCACCUCCCUGGGGCCUACAGAGGACAAGCCAGGCCUUCGCAGAGCAGCCCAGGGAGGUAGUUCUACCUUCACCAGCCAAGGAGGGACGCCAGAUGCCACAGCAGCCUCAGGUGCCCCUGCCAGUCUACAACCUGCCCCAGUGCCUUCUCAGCGCCCCUACCAUGGUGACCCACAGGACGGCCCCAGCCAUAGUGACUCUUGGCUUACUGUCACCCCUGGCACCAACAGACCUCCAUCUGCCAGCUCUGGGGUCUUCACGGCCGCCACGGGGCCCACCCCAACUGCCUUCGAUGCCAGUGUCUCAGCCCCUUCCCAGGGGAUUCCUCAGGGAGCAUCCACAACCACACAGGCUCCAACCCAUCCCCCCAGGGUCUCAGAAAGCACUAUUUCUGGAGCCAAGGAGGAGACUGCAGCCACCUACACCAUGACCGACAGGGUGCCCAGUCCUCUCUCCACCGUGGUAUCCACAGCCACAGGCAACUUCCUCAACCGCCUGGUUCCCGCCGGGACCUGGAAGCCUGGGACAGCAGGGAACAUCUCCCACGUGGCCGAAGGGGACAAACCCCAGCACAGAGCCACCAUCUGCCUGAGCAAGAUGGAUAUCGCCUGGGUGAUCCUGGCCAUCAGCGUGCCCAUCUCCUCCUGCUCUGUCCUGCUGACGGUGUGCUGCAUGAAGAGGAAGAAGAAGACUGCCAACCCGGAGAACAACCUGAGCUACUGGAACAACGCCAUCACCAUGGACUACUUCAACAGGCACGCUGUGGAGCUGCCCAGGGAGAUCCAGUCCCUGGAAACCUCUGAGGACCAGCUUUCAGAGCCCCGUUCCCCAGCCAAUGGUGACUACAGAGACACUGGGAUGGUCCUUGUUAACCCCUUCUGUCAAGAAACACUGUUUGUGGGAAAUGAUCAAGUAUCUGAGAUCUAACUGCAGCAGGCUUCGCUUUGCUAUUCCCUAUUUUUCGUCUCUAAAUUAUAAAUAUACAAAUAUAUAUAUUAUAAAUAUAACCUUUGUGAACCCUGACUUAAUGAGAAACACUUUCAGCUUUCUUUUCCUAUGAAUUGUCAACAUCUUUUUUACAAGUGUGGUUUAAAAAAAAUUUACAGAAUGAUCUGUGGCUUUAUAAAAUAAAGGUAUUUCUAAGCAAAGCAGUUGCAUUGAUUGCUUCUCUUAACACCUAUUUUUGAGCACCUGGGGAUCCCAGGAACCCUGGUCAGAUGACCUCCUGUAGAAGCUGAAUGUUAGAGUGGUCAAGUGCACGGUUCUUUGAGUGAUUCUUAAAGCUCUGGUUCCUCUUGAUUUGGCAUGGCCCAUUUCCUCCCUCUCAUAUGCACACCUGUAAAGGGAACUGGGCCACCUGGGGGGAAGAUGGCAGACUCGUGCACAGGGCAGGAAAAGGGAACAUCCCAUCACCCUGGAGGAUGAGGGCCCUGGAGCCUCACAACAGCACCAUUGGAUGUCAUGUUUAAUUCUAUCCAAGUUGUAGACAGCAGACAGGAGCAUGGAGUCCUUGGGAAUCCAUGGAGGACAUCAAGACAUCCCAAGGCCACGUCCCCCUAACAUUGCCUCCACUGCUAACAACAAGACUGCCUUUCCCUGGUGGGAAAAUGCUCCCUUUAUGCCCGUCCCUGCAUCCCCUCCAACACUCAAUCUGCAUUAAACACCCGAGCCUUUCUCUUGGAGAAGGUUUAGAUGCGGAUCCCAGCCUUGGAGCUUUAAAAUGCUUGCUCUUCUUCAAGGAUCAAAUGUUUAUUGGGGUUUAGCUUUGUAUUCUCAAAAGGCCAUGGUAUUGUGCCCCUAAGGAACAUGUUUAUCUAAGAAGCUUUGAGGUAGCAGAGCUAUGAUUUUGAAACCUUCCUCCUGCAAUCAUUAAAAAAAAAAAAAAGAUUGCCAAGCAAAUCAUUUCAGAGAAGACAUCAUUACACUCCUACUUGCCCCUGCAAACCUGCUCGCAGCACCAGCCAGUGGACUUGCCAUGCAGCUCGCAGCUUCCACUGCUCCCCUCGUUCCCCACUGGCUGGCUGCCUCACCAUGCUGUGUCCAGUGCGGCCAACAGGGUCAGACCCUCAGAGAUGCCCAAGAGGCUUCCAGAGGUGGCUGCUUCUCUAUUUUUUCCUGAUCGUGGCUGAGAGAGAUGAUUACUGCUUUGACACUUUCUUUCUCUAAAAUAAAACUAGUUUGAUAGUAUAUUUUGAAUAUAGAUGCUCUUAUAGUUGGAUUGGGAAUUGAACUUGAAUGUCGAUUCAUAUGUUUGUGUUGUUGCUGUGGUCUUUUAUGACUUUUUUCUUUUUGCGUUCUCCUUAAAAAAAAAAAGAUGGCCUUCAAAAGUGUGUUCUCGGUGUUGUAUAAACCUGCUUCACAUGAGUUCAGUUGUUGUCUCUCUUCAAAGACUCUUCAACCCACAAAGAAGCAGGUUAAAUGUUUCUCUAAGUUUAAUUUUCUAGCGUGUUAUUUGACCUUUUUAACCUUACCAUAUUUCUGUUAACUGUUACAUUUAAUAUACCAAUGUGUGUGAGUAUAUAUAGAGAAAAAUCUGUAAAGUAAAAUUUAUAUAUAACAUAUGUAAUCCAAGAUACAUAUGUUAUAUAUACGUAUGUGGAUGUAUGACUUAUUUUUCCUUAUCCACAGAUUUCAGCUACCAUGUAUAUAUAAAUAAACUUAUUUUGUUAGCCAGAGGA